ACAUGCAUCAUGAAUGAAUCUGCUUCUAGUGGAAAUGGUCAAGAGUUUGAUGUAUUUAGUGCUAUGGACUGGAAGGAUGGCAUAGGUACUUUGCCAGGAAGUGACCUAAAGUUUAGAGUGAAUGAAUUUGGGGCCUUGGAAGUGAUUACAGAUGAAACGGAGAUGGAAAGUGUUAAAAAGGCAACUGCUACCACAACCUGGAUGGUUCCAACUGCUCAAGAAGCCUUUUCAGAAAAGACAGGGAUACCCACAAGGUUGAAGGAAACUGCAAAAAUGGAUGGACUUGUUUUCUGUGAAAACUGUUACCGCUAUGGUACCAUAGAAGAAUUUGUUCCUGAAGGGAAAUUUUGCAGCCAGAAAUGUGCCCAGCAAGUAAAAAACAAAGAACCAAAGGAGGAAAAGCCCAGUGUGGAAUGUAAUGGGGAAGAUGAUUCCAAAGGCAUUCGUAAAAGAAAAGCAAAGUUACCUCUCAAAGAAGAAUCCAGGGAUAAUGGGGAGAAGAAAGAGAAUCCUGAUGAAACUGAGGACAAACCUGAAGGAAGGAUCUUGAGAGUCUCACAGAGAGCCAGGAGAAAAAGAAAAGGGGAAAUAACAGUUUUGAAACAAACUGUACCCUCUAAAGGAAGGCAAGCAUGGUGUUGGGCAUCCUAUCUGGAGGAAGAAAAGGCCAUUGCAGUACCUACCAAGCUUUUUAAAGAGUAUCAGUCUUUCCCAUACAACAAAAACGGAUUCAAAGUAGGGAUGAAGCUGGAGGGCGUGGAUCCCGAGCACCAAUCAAUAUACUGUGUUCUCACGGUGGCUGAGGUUUGUGGCUACAGAAUACGACUCCAUUUUGAUGGAUAUCCAGAUUGUUAUGAUUUCUGGGUGAAUGCUGAUUCUUCAGACAUUCAUCCUGUUGGAUGGUGUGAGAAAACAGGUCACAAGCUUCAUCCACCUAAAGGAUAUAAGGAAGAAGAAUUCAGCUGGCCCUCGUACCUAAAGGCAUGCAAGGCUCAAGCUGCUCCUAAAUCACUGUUUGAAAACCAGAAUGCAACAGUCAUUCCAUCGGGAUUUCGAGUGGGGAUGAAGCUGGAAGCUGUAGACAAGAAGAACCCGACUUUCAUUUGUGUUGCUACGGUAACAGACAUGGUGGACAAUCGUUUUCUGGUUCAUUUUGACAACUGGGAUGAGAGUUACGACUACUGGUGUGAGGCAGCUAGCCCACAUAUUCAUCCAGUUGGGUGGUGUAAAGAACAUAAAAGGACACUCAUCACCCCUCCCGAUUAUCCACAUGCUAAGCAUUUUUCUUGGGAGAAGUAUUUGGAAGAAACCAGUUCGUUACCUGCACCUGCAAGGGCUUUUAAAGUGAAACCUUCUCAUGGCUUUCAGAAAAACAUGAAACUUGAAGUGGUUGACAAGAGAAACCCAGUAUUUAUCAGAGUAGCAACUAUUGUAGAUACUGAUGACUAUAGAAUAAAAGUCCAUUUUGAUGGCUGGGAUAGUAUUUAUGAUUAUUGGACUGAUGUAGAUAGCCCUGAUAUCCAUCCUGCAGGCUGGUGUACAAAAACCGGACACCCUCUUCAGCCCCCACUAAGUCCCUUGGAAUUGGUGGAAGCUUUAGAGCAUGGAGGCUGUCCCACAGCAGGAUGUAAAGGAGUUGGGCACAUUAAAAGAGCAAGACAUAUUGGCCAUCAUAGUGCAGUCAGCUGCCCGUAUUCAGAGAUGAACUUGAACAAAGAAAGCCUCUUACCUGACCGGUUGAGCGGGGAGAUGCCUGCAGCCAGUCCUGUCCCCAGAAACAGAAAAGUGGAAGCAAGUGAAAGAUCCACCUCUCCUGUAAUCAACAGUGACAGAAAAUGCCCCAGCCCUGGUCAUAUAAGUACAAAAUCUUCAGUUCACAAUCGAUCAUCUGGGAAAGCUGUACUAGAAACAACUAAGCAGGAAGAUGCAGAAAGUAAAUCUCCUUGCAAGAAACCCCUGUUACAUGAUGUGAAAGAAAAGAAGGCACCUGGUGUAAUAUUACAAACAAAGGACUCCAUAAAGAACAAAGAGUGUGAAGAAGAGGAGACAGAAAAUAAGCUGCUCAUUUCAAAUGAAAUUAAAGAUGUUGAAGAACCCAACACACAGAGGCUUCUUUCUCAACCAGUUAUUGUGUCUUCCAAGUUGCAAAUCCCUGGCCUACCCUUGCGCUGGGAACAGCAGAGCAAGCUCCUUCCAAGUGUAGCUGGGAUCCCAGCCAGUAAAGUUUCUAAGUGGAGUACAGAUGAGGUCUCUGAAUUUAUACGGAGUUUACCAGGAUGUGAAGAGCAUGGCAAGGUGUUUAAAGACGAGCAAAUUGAUGGAGAAGCAUUUCUGCUAAUGACCCAAUCAGACAUAGUCAAAAUAAUGAGCAUUAAACUGGGCCCAGCACUAAAAAUCUUUAAUUCCAUUCUGAUGUUCAAAGCUGCGGAGAAAAACUCACACAAUGAACUUUGAAGAUAAUGGAAAAUGUGUACGAGCCAGCUUUCUCCACUGGAGCUCAUGUUUUAUUCAAAGCACAAAGUCGCGCUAGAACUGUUGAGUAAGGACUCUCAGAAAGGAAGAAACGUACGUUCAGCACUGGUGGACUAUUUAUAUUCUCCUAGAGCCAGUACACAUGUGAAUCCUUCUGGGAAGUAUUCAAGCUUUUGAGAAGGUACUGUGUAACAACCGAGUCAGCUAGUCUUAUCUACCAAACUAAUGGGGCUAGUUCUCCAUGGAUGGUUAGGAACCCUAACUUUCUCUGGACAUCAAGAAAACCUUCGUGAAUUAUUUAUGCUGUAUUAUAUAAAGGAACGUUAAUAUUUUCUAAGAAUUCUUGAAUUCUACUUCAUGUACCCAUUUUACUUUUCAGAAGCUUUUACUUCAUACUAUCAAAAUAUAAACUGAUUAGCCAAAAAUUAGGCUACAGGUAGCCAGAUGAGACUGUUACGGCUAAUACAUAUUUGUGCCAUAGUUUAAAAAUGAAACACUUAAUGUUACAUAUGUGACACUUUAUGCUACAGCAGAUAACUUUACAGAUUAUAAAACUGUCUGUUUGCUUGUAACAAAA